AUGAGGGACGCCAACAUUUUUGCAUUUUGGAAGGCCAUGCCUCGAAUGAGCUGGUCUCCGCGUAACCUCUACAACCUCUGGAGGCGGUCCUGUGGUGCUGAGGCCGAGGCCAUUGACUUCACUCGCUCGCCUAAGACGCUGUUUCAGCAGCGUUGGAUCUCGAAAGCACUCGUGGAGCGACGCAUUGACGUGUUCAUUUUUCGUGUCUAUGAGGCACGGAGACUCGUCGUUCAUGGAUCUGUCCUGCUAAAUGGCAAAAAGCAUAUGAAUGCCGACGCACGUCUAGCCCCAGGCGAUGUGGUCUCCGUUGACCCUGCAGCUAUUCGUUUCCUCCAGGACCCUGAGUCUACGCUGUCCUCGUUGACACCUUUCAACCUUCCUCCAUAUGCGUCUCUCUUCGUUUUCAUUCCUGCCUAUGCAGAGGUCUCCUUCUCCACAUGCAGUGCCAUAUACGUUCGCCACCCAACGGCACGCCCAGGAUACAGUGAAAUUCCAACACCUUCGACGCCGACGGUGAAGUCAUUCGGCUUGCAUGGGAAUGGUCCUCUGCUUCAGGCUUGUGCUUACUUUGCUUGUAGGAAGUUGAUGUAUAGCGGCGCUGCUAGUAGCCACGCUAGCGAGCUGGAAGCAUUUGCGAAACUAGUUACUGUUGUCAUAUGUCCGUCGUUGGUCAUAGCAUACAAAUUAGCCUACCCAUACACCCAUUUUUAA